AUGUCUGUUUUUGCGGCGAUGCAGCAACUACGAUACGCUUGGAAAUUGAGAUCGGCCCUACGAACAAUACAACGACAAGAGCAGGAGAAACACUGGACUGAAGCUGCCGAUUUUGAAAUUAACUUGAAGUAUGCCUUCUUUAUUGUAAUGGGCGCUGUUCGAUUCGAUGUUCAUGACAUUCUAUCUAUUCCGGAUCUAGAUGAUACUGCUGCCAAGUUCUUUGAAGACUCUGGGGACCGUCGAAAUUCUGUCCGGCCUGGGCCCGCUUUCAUCAUCUGGCUUGCAGAGAGUGGCUACUGGAUCAAAGUCCGAAAGCAAGACAUCGACGACAAGAGUAAGGCAGACACGUUACAGAAAGCGCUGGUCCUCAUUCAAGUAUCUUGGAUGGUGAUUCAGUAUAUCGCCAGGAAGGCAUCUAAUUUACCCCUUACUCUAUUGGAGAUCCAUACUAUGGUACAUGUUGUUUGCGCUAUCAUACUCUAUGCUUGUUGGUUUCAGAAACCACUCGAUGUUCAAGAAGCAAUCGUCGUUACAACUGAAGGAUUUGAAAGUGGAAUUGCUACCCAGCUUCAAAGAGAGUUUUAUAUCAACAUGGCGUACAAAAUGGCAUUGUUCCCAGCGAAACAGCAAGAUAGCCAGCUACCCCCUACAUAUACUAACGGGGAGCCUAUGUGCUGGAUCAUACCUGAGCCUCAGAUAGACAUGAAAGUUGGCGAUAUUCUUCCAUCAGGACUUGCUUUAUAUACCCGGAAUAAGAUACCUUUUGCACAUGGGCAGUCUAUCCCGACGACAAAUCUCGACUCGAAUUCGUCUUUCAAGAUAACAAGCGAGUUUCUUAGGCGCUGGGCCUAUAUUUUUACAAUGUACCCUUUUGAAGAGCGAGAGAGUUUGGCAGAAAGUUCCCCGAAGCUUGAAUUCGACCCAGCCGGGCUGCGAUCUUCAACGGCAAGCUACAGACAACCUCUAUACCUUGCACGGUUGUCGGAACUUCAACCAGGAGUGUCGAAUCAAUGGAAUCGACCAUUUUGGGAAGGUAAUUCCAUUGUUCAUAUAGAUGACGACGGGAUUUGGUCAAAACGGGGCUCCCAACUCCUGGGGGACUUGAUUGAAACGCACAAAUUCAGCCUGGCGUCUCCACUGGUCGUAUUUAUAGCCUUUUUGCUUACAUGUAUUUAUGGUGGUGUACACAUGGUAGCAUGGGGAUGGUCUUUCCCUUCCCACCCGGAGGAGAUCAUCUGGAAGUUCAGCUGCCUUCUCAUCGUAUCUUCGGUGCUCGCUUUCAUACUAUUCAUCUACGUGGCCUUACUUGUCAAAAAGGAGGAUAGAUCCGAUUAUGAAUUUUGGUCUGGGUCCGAUCUAUUUGAUGGAUCUUAUGUGGCGAUUGUACUGAUUCUAGCUUUGGCAUAUCUCUUUGCAAGAGUUUUUAUUAUCGUCGAGUCCUUCAUAAGUUUGCGCCGGGCUUCUGUGGGCGUAUUUGUAUCUCCUGAAUGGAUCGAGCUUUUCCCGCAUUUUUGA